AUGGGGAGACUUGCAUCACCAGACGCUUUCCACCUUCUCUUGUUGAGCUUAUUGAUGUCGUCUGUUGCGGCGAGGACUUCCAUAGACGACGCGGCGAGUGCCAAGAUCACGAGGUUACCCAGACAACCCAAGGACGCAUGCGUCGCGCAGUAUUCGGGUUAUGUGAGGAUAAGCGAGAGAAAGAAGAUGUUCUAUUGGCUGGUCGAAGCGUCAUCAGAUGCAGACUCCAAGCCUCUUCUCCUGUGGCUCAACGGAGGACCCGGUUGCUCGUCGAUUGGGUACGGAGCUUUUCAGGAGAUCGGACCCUUUCAGGUCCUGCCCAAUGGGAAACUUGCGAAGAGACAAAUCUCAUGGGACACCGAGGCGAAUUUGCUCUUCCUUGAUUCCCCUUUUGGUGUCGGAUAUUCUGUUCGCAGCAUUGUUGAGCAAGAUGGAGAUAAUAGCACUGCCAUGGACAGUUAUGCGUUUCUAAACAAAUGGCUUGAAGUCUUCCCGAAAUUCAAGUACAGAGAGUUCUAUCUUGCUGGAGAGAGCUAUGCAGGCCAUUAUAUUCCUCAACUUGCACAAGUGAUUGUAAAUCAAAACAAAGGGAUCGCCCGACCAAUUAUCAAUCUGAAGGGACUCUUGUUAGGAAAUCCUUCUCUUGACAAAGCAACUGGAGAUCCUGCAAAGUGGGAGUUCUAUUGGAAUCUGGGGCUUCUUUCAGACACUACGUACGAAAACAUGAGGAAAUUUUGCUCUGUGGAUAGAGCUUCGGAAGGCUGCUCUAAAGCGCAGAAAGAAGCAGGUGACAAUGAAAUGGGAGUUGUAAAUAUCUUUAACGUAUAUACGAGACCAUGCGGGGACAACUCCAUACAGGAUCUGAUGUAUAGAGACGGGAAUGAAUUCUGCAUGGAUGCUGACACCGUGAAGUACCUGAAAAGGAAAGAGGUGCAAGAGUGCUUCCACGUUGACACCUCCUACAUUCCAUUGAACUACACGCUCUGCAGUGAACCACGCGUCAAACUCAUAUAUAGCAAAAGUGACAAAGAAACAUCGGUCCUGCCAAUCCUUAAAGAACUCAUAGAGACCCGCUUGCGGAUUUGGAUAUAUAGAUGGGAUCCAGUCAUUAAUUUACCAACUCCAACUGCAAGAGUGGAUGUGCCUUUUCUCCCUGAUGAUGAGUAUCAUAUGUGGACCUUGAAGGCGCUGCAUAUACAUGGUACACAUGAUACAUAUAAGACGACCCUUAAACCCUCCACUCUAAAACAUGAAUUCAUCCUCUCCCUCAUUGCUCACGGGGAGAUAUUGUUCCCAAGUGCUCACACUGCAAUUCAACAUCCAUUUGGAGAGAGCAAGAAAGAGAUGCUUUGCUCCAGCUUCGACAAAGCCUCUUAG